AUGGAUCCGAAAUUCUGGACAGAGAAGAUCGCCCUGAUCACCGGCGCUAACUCCGGCAUAGGGAAGAGCUUGGUGGAAUGCUUGGUCGCCAGGGGCAUGAAGGUCGUCGGCAUUGCUCGGCGCAUCGACAAGAUCAAGGCUCUUGCUGAGGAGUUGAAGUCGCAGCCCGGCAAGCUGUUCCCUCUCCAAUGUGAUCUGUCCAACCAAAACGACAUCCUCCGUGUCUUGGAAUGGAUCGAGAAGAACUUGGGAGCCGUCGACAUCCUGAUCAACAACGCUGCGAUCAACAUCGAUCUCACUCUGCAGACCGGUGAACUGGAGGACUGGAAGAAGGUCUUCGACGUGAACUUCUUGGGACUGACAUGCAUGACCAAGGAGAUCUUGAAGCUGAUGAAGAAGAAGGGAAUCGACACUGGCAUGAUCGUGAACGUCAACGAUAUCUGCGGACUGAAGGUUCCGAUCUGCUGCGAUCGCCCAGUGUCAGCAGCCUACAUUGCCAGCAAGUUCGCUCUGACCGCUUUGACAGAGUGCCUUCGUUUGGAAUUGGCGCAGCUUGAGUCGAACACCAAAGUUAUCUCCAUUUCCCCUGGCUUGGUGGAGACCGAGAUGACCACCCAAUGGCUGAAGGAGAAUCCACGCCUGGCGUUGAAACCCAAAGAAGUCGCUGACUGCAUCUUGUUCGCCUUGCAGACCCCGGACACCGUGUUGAUCAGGGAGCUCGUGGUCACGCCGAUUCGCGAAACAAUGUAAAACAUGUGUGGAGUAACAGGUCAUUUCCGGUUCCUUUUUGUUGUCCGGUUACCACAAAACAUGUCGAUCAACGCAUUGUAAAUACAUAUAUAAAAUAAAAAGCUUUGCAAUAUGUACAGUUGAACAUUAUUUAAAGAGAUCAUCUAUGGAACUCCACGCGCAUUAAUUAAUAUCAUUACACAACUUAGGAUCUACUAGAAGACUGAAGCAUAAAUACAAAGAUGUGCAAACUGUUAGA